UUAGUCUAUUCUCUCAACUGAAUUUAAAACAUUCACACCACUCUCAAAAAUGUUGUACAAUCCUAUAGAAAUAGUUUGCGUUUAUAUGGUGCAGCCCAUUAUCGAUUAUCUGGCCUAUCUGCUUAAUGAAGUUCACUAUGGGGCAUAUUUAGUUGCAGUCGCUCUAAUUGGCGUCGCUCUGGGUCUUAUUUUCAGUCUGAUAUCCCUGGCAUGGUAUAAAUGGAAUGGCGGUGAGCAGGCGGAGAUCAAAGCAGAGAAUCUAACUGAGAAGCAGAAAUGUAAUUAAAGCUGCGCUAUAAUAAAUACUCAAGCGACUUGAUGCAAGUUGCAGUUUA